AUGACUUCAAUUACUCGAAACCUCCCUUCAUUUGUCAAAGAUCUCGGUGUCGCCGUCGUUGGCGAGAAAUGCUAUAUCUCGCUGGUAGAGAACCUAGAGUUCGGCGACGUUCCCUGCCUUAAGUUUGCUGUUUCAAAAGUAUUGGGAAUUGGCAUCGUAGUCGGAGGAUCAAUAGUGAAAGUUCCUCAGUUACUGCUCAUCGUGAACGCGAAGUCUGCGCAAGGGUUGUCCCUGGAGUCCUAUAUCCUUGAGACUCUCUCAUACGCCAUAACGCUCGUCUACUCGUUCAGAAACGAACUCCCCUUCUCAACCUACGGCGAGAACCUCUUCCUCACCAUUCAAAACACCCUCAUCACGCUUCUCAUCAUUGCGUACGCACCUAGUAGUAGUUCACGAACGCCUGCCCCCCUCGCGAUUUCAACCCUCGUCACAGCUUUUGCCGCCCUGGCUCGUGUUCCCUCUGGCGUCCUGUCUUAUCUUCAAAUGGCCACCGUUCCCUUGUCGUUGGCGUCAAAACUCCCCCAAAUCAUCCAGAACAGCCAGGCAAAGUCCACGGGUCAGCUGUCGUCCUUCGCUGUGGUCGCGCAGAUUGUAGGAUGUUUGGCGAGACUCUUUACCACCGCGACGGAAGUAGGGGAUCCCAUCCUCGUUGCCGGAUUCGGGAUGGCGCUGCUCUUGAAUUGCGUCCUCGGAGCGCAGGUGUGGAUGUACUGGGGGACUAAGGCCGCGGUGGAGGCCAAAGCGAAAGUAAAAGUGGGCGAGGUCAAGGCAGAGGCAGUCGAGGUAGCACCCAUUGCAGAGAAGAUCGCAGACAAGGUGAAAGAAGAGGAAACGGCGUACUCAACGACGUGGACACCCUCUACUCCGAAGAACAUGCAACGCAUGUCCACACCGCCGCCCUCCGGUGGCCGAAAAUGGGCUCGCAAGGUAGAUUAG